UUCACAGGCAGUUCUCUUUGACUGUGGUAUUUUAAGGUGUGUGCUUGCAGAGUUAUUACGCUUGGAUAAUUGAUUCUUCAUUUUUUUAUUGUGAUACGUGUCGAACAACAACAAAGUCAAGAUGCAGGCGGGAAUGAGUUGUAUCAAAUAUUUGAUGUUUGUGUUCAAUUUCAUAUUUGUGGUUUGUGGCAUAGCAUUGAUCGCUAUUGGUGCUGUUGUUAUUAACACUAAAGAUUUUACUGUGUUCUUGGAUUCCAAAUAUGUAACUGCUCCAACAAUUCUUAUCAUAGUAGGAUGCAUCAUAUUUGUGGUUGCUUUCUUGGGAUGCUGUGGUGCUGUAAAGGAAAAUCAUUGUAUGGUUAUGACAUUUGGAAUUCUGCUUUUCAUCAUCUUUGUAAUUGAAAUCGCUGGUGGUAUUGCUGCUUAUGUGAACCGUAGUGGCUUUGAAGAUUUUCUGAAAGCGAAUAUGAACAGUUCUAUUGAACAACAGAAGAAAGAUGCUAUUAAAAUUUGGGAUGAAAUUCAAACAAAAUGGCAUUGUUGUGGUGUUGAUGAUGCUUCUGAUUAUAUAAAAAAUGAUGUAAAUAUUUCACAAAGCUGUUGUAAACCAGAAAUUAUGCUGACGUGCACUGAAGACCUGGCGUAUAAAAAAGGUUGCUUUAAAGAAAUGUAUGAGCACAUAAAGGGUAUAAUUGGCAAAGUUGGAGGAGUUGCAAUUGGAAUAGCUGUUGUAGAGCUGAUUGGUGUCAUAUUUGCAUGGUGCUUGGCAUCUGCCAUUAAAAAGGAAUAUGAAGGAGUGUAGAAAUGCUGAAGACAUAAAAAUGAGCACAACAGUGAAUAAAAACUCGUCCGAUUUAUUUGUUCCAAAUUAAGUUCUUUAUUCGCUGAUUUUAAUUUUGCAGAAUGUCCUGAUCUUCUUGCUGAACGCAAAAUGACAAACUGUUAGAAAAAAAUUCAUUUAAAAGAACUGUUUAAAUGUGUUCAGGAUAUCUCACUUGUUUAGUUUUAUAAAUUUUUAAACUGUUUCAAGGUUUUAACAUUCCGGUUUUCGUGUGCGUAAUUGUAUAUUUUUCUGCUUUAUAUGAUGUUUCAGUUUGUAAAAAGACAUUUUUGGUUUUUGAAACUGUUGUAACUAAAUGAAAAUGAAUUUUUAAAAAUUGUCUUAAAAUACCUUUUCCUCUCUAAUUAAAAAAUAUAUUUACCAAUACACAAUGUGCCUUAGAUCUAACUACAUGUUGAAUAUUCUUAAAUUCAUAUAAUUUUUCUUGAAACAUUGUUUUUGAUUUAAUGUAUUUAAUAUAACUUAAAUUUUGUUCCUAAGAUAUUAAAAUUUCAGUUUUUAUUUUCUGUGAAAUUGUUUGUAGUGUUUUACAAUAUGCUUGAUGCCAAAUUGAUGUGUAAUGUAAUUAGGAUAGUAUGUUUUGAUAUAAAUGAUCGUAUUAAUUUCUGCCAAUGUUUUAUGAAUUGGAAUUCAUGAUAUUCUUUAUUAUAAAUUCAUAUUUUAUAAUGUGCUUGUUUCAUAUAAAGCAGUGCUUCUUCAUCUCUUGAUUCAAGACUGAUCUAAGAGAAUUGACUGUGUACUUAUUUAGAAUCCUCUGUAAAAUGCCAUGUUUUCAUAUUUGCUCGAUAUGUAUGUAUAAAAUGGAAAUAUAGUUUUAAGAUCUUUAGUAGUUUUCUGGAAUAUUUCACUAUAUCCCAAAUGCCAACUGUAUAAAUUGUGAAUAAAAUUCAGACUUCUGUCCUUUUUAAAUGCUCGCCAAAUUUUCUUGUUAAGAUCAAAGCUAUGCUGAGGCGUAUUUCACGAAUCACAGUUAUCACAUUUAGUACAGUUGUAAGAGAAUUCAUAAAAUGUUUAAGAUUUUUCAACAUUUUGAACUAGAAUAUUAGUUUUUUCAUUUUCAACAACUCUAUAUGGUGCUUGCAGUGCAAGUUCAAUGUUGAUUGGCUAAUAAUUCGUUUAUAUAAUUUCGAGUUUUCAUGUACAUAACUAGAUUUUGUUUUCUUUUUGUGUACUUGUGCAAAGUGUUAGUCAUUGUGAAUAUAAAGUUUACUGUUUCA